AUGUAAGGAAUAAUUGAGACAGAUCCUAAAAUUAUAUUGGAAUUUAUGGCUGAAGAGAAUAGAUUUGCUCAUGCUUAAUUAACACUACAAAAUUUAUAGUCACAACCUGUUGCAUUUAAAAUUAAAACUACAGUUCCCUAAAUGUUUUAAGUAAAACCCAGUGUUGGUUUUAUAGAGGCCGAUCGAUCAACGAUUGUGGAGAUAUCUACAACUUAAGCAAUCGGAUAAGAUUAAAAGUUGGAUGCUAAAUUUUAAAUAAAUGCUUGUUUUAGGGAUUCAAAUGAAUAAGAUUUGAAUUAAUUUUGGAGAAGCAGAGAUCAAUCAACGAUACAAACAUUUUAACUUAGAAGCAGGAUGAAAUAUCAAAAUCCUCAAGAUCAAUAGAAUCAAUAGCAAUAACAAUAACAAUAGCAAUAACAAAUCACUGGGGAUUCUAAGAUUUUAGAAUCAAGUAUUUUUAACUCAUCUCAUUCUGAAUCAAGAAUGUUUAAAUCCAUCAAAGAAGAUAGUUAAAAAGACGAAUUAUUGAAUCAAUAUAAAGAUCAAUAUGAAAAAUUAUCUCAAGAGUAUCAAGUCUUCAAAUAAAAGAUUUAGCAAGACUAAUUCAAUAAUUUAUCAAAGAAAGAAUCAAAUGCAAUAAAUACAAGACAAGCGUUAAUUGUAGUAAUAAUUGCAUUAGUAAUUGGAUAUAUUCUUGGAAAAUGA